CCAGGCGGCGGGGAUCGCAGUAGGACAGGCCGUGUGCUGGAAAGAAAACGUGUAAACGAGCUGAAACAUGAACUUUGGUGUUUUUGGAGUAUAAAGUCGUAUUUAACUUCUCAAAUGCUGCAGUUAAGCAGAUAAAUUACUUUUUUCAAUACGACGAACAAACCGGAAGUCGACCUUCGAGUGGCGCUGGUUUAAUCUGACGGAAACAUGAAGAAGAGUGACGAGCCGUCAGCUGACUACCAGGUGGGUCAGGUGUGUGGGAGUCUGUUCCCCAGCGAGGCGGCGUCCUCCGGCUCGCUGUCGGCUUUAUUCAGCACGGCGCCGCCGGCUGCAUCGCUCCUGUUCCAGCCUGCACCUAAGCCUGUUCAGAAGAGCACAGAAGCAACAGAGGAGCUGAAGGAGACUCCAGAGGUCAAAGGUCAAACAGGCCAGAAGAAGAAGCAGCAGAAGCUGCUUAAAGAGAAAUCAGAAGCCGACCAGAAGUUGGAAAACAGGGAGCUCAGUUUACAGAAUGCAGAUGAGGAGGAGCGAGGCCAGAAGCAGCAGCAGCAGCAGAAGAAGAAUAAGAGGAAAGCGCCGGAGCCGAGUGGAGAGAACGAUGCCGAGCAGUGGGUGAUGAAGAGACAGAAGCUGAAAGCCAGGAAAGAGGAGGAAGCCAUAAAGAAGAAUAGGACAGUGUUUGUUGGAAACCUGCCUGUCAGCUGCACCAGGAAGACCCUGCAGAGACUCUUCAAGGAUAAAGGAUCCAUCGAGUCCAUCCGCUUUCGCUCUGUGGUCAGAGAGGAUGCCUCCAUGUCCCGCAAAGUAGCAGCUAUUCAACGCAAAGUUCACCCCAAAAAGCAGAGCGUGAACGCCUACGUGGUUUUCAAAGACGAGGACGGCGUCACCAAUGCGUUAGAGAGAAACGGCAUGGAGAUCGAGAAAGACUUUCACAUCCGAGUGGACAGAGUGAAGGACAGCUCAGCACACGAUCACAAACGAUCCGUGUUUGUGGGGAAUCUUUCGUUCGAGAUAAAUGAACUGGCUUUUCGGCGGCACUUUGAAGAGUGCGGCUCAGUGGAGGCGGUUCGACUGGUGCGGGACCAGAACUCUGGACUGGGAAAAGGAUUCGGCUACGUCCUGUUUGAGAGCGCCGACUCAGUGCAGCUCGCGUUGGAACUGGACGGCAGCAAACUGGAGGGCAGGUCCAUCCGGGUGAAGAGGUCGGUGAAGAAGGAGAAGCAGAAGAAACAAACUGAUGGCCAAGGAGCCACAGGCAGGAGCGGCAGGGGCCCCACGAAGGGCCCUGCGAGGGGGCCGGGGCAGCAGAGAGGAGGCAGCCGGGGAGGUUUCAAGUCUCUGAAGAAAUUCUCUGGAAAGCAGCAGAAUCCAACUAAAGGCUCAACCUCCUUUAAAGGAGAGAUGGUGGAUCCAAACAAGAAGAGUAAAAAGAAAGGACUGAAGAAGAAAGGGAAGCCGAAAAAGACUGUUCAUAUCUGACCUGUCGUCUACAGCUCUGUAAUUGAAUAAAUGUGAUGUUUUGAAAUAUUUACAGAAGUCAAACAGUUUUUGGCUGAAGGCUGCAGUGAACUGCUCUCCCAUAGCUCUAAUGUCACAUUUUCAGGUUCACAGAGUUCAAGUUUUACUCUGAAGUCACAACGUACUUCCUGUCUGUGAAACCGUAAACUUCUCUUCAGCAGCGGGAGAAUAAAAUGGUAAAAACCAUCAUUAGUAAAUGGUAAGAUGAGAGUUAAUUAAACUUCAGUA